AUGCAUCGGCCGCGAAACUCUUGGUGGAUUAAAGCAGAUGGUGCUGAAACUCGUAAGACGCUGGAAGGACAGAGACAAUUCAAUAUCGACUUGCAUAAGGCGCAACAAAGCCUCAGAACUGCACGAAACAAUGCGCCAAACCUGAAGAAGAGAGUCUUGGGUGGGUUUGUUAAAACCUUCGAGUACGACUGUGAUGAUGAAGCCAUUGGCAAUGUUCAUAACGGCACGAUGAUAAUUGCGUACGAUGAUGGUAUUGAGCAACCUCAUGAAAUCAGAGUAGUGAUCUUAGAGGAUUGGGCCAACGCUAGUGAGAUCGGAGAUGCAAUUGUGGCGCAUACUGAAAAACUUUCUAGCUUUGGUGGUGACUUACUUGUGCAAGCAUAUUUCAGUACUUUUUGCCACAAUGCUAAGAGAUACAUAGUGGCCUAUGAGCCAUUCGUUCCCGCCUCAAUUCAGGGAAUAAGGAGUGAACCAUUUUUUGCUCAUGAUGAGCUAGAGUUGUCAGAAUGUUGGCGGGAGAGGAUGAGGUCAUUCAUAGAACUUCUCCAUAUCGCGGCACAGUGCAAUAUCAGACAUGGAGGCCUCUCGGAGCUUGCCAACUAUGUGACUUGUCGAGAUGGGCUGAAGAUAAUUAAUAUGGGGCGAUAUUCUCACAUUGUUGGGAGAGAAAGAGACAUGAAGCAGCUUAUGGAUUUUGUAACCACACUAUUCCCUGGGAGUUUGACUCAUCCCGAGUGGAGAACCCUUGUUGAUCUUCUCCUCUCAACGACCAUGCGGGACCCACUUAGAAUUGAUUCAUAUUACGGUCCUAACUGGCUAGAAGUUGUCUUGCGGCACCCAAUUUUAUUGGGCACCGCCGAAGAAAAAUUGGAGUGCUUUGUAGCUCUCCACAUGGAUGUAAUGCGUCUGGACAAUGCAGGGAAAGCUAGGUUCUCAAAUUGGAUUCACUAUCGCUACCAGGCAUUUAAAUGGUACUUCUGGCAUGACUUCGAUAAUGAACCAGAACGUGACCAUGAUCUCCGUUCUAGAGUUGUUCCCUGGAACCGUCUCUACUACAGGCUCUUCACGUUCAUCCCCCUUGGAAGUAAUAAGCAACUCAAAGAAAACAGGGACUUCACAGCUUUCAGGCAUGGAUCCCAGUUUCGAAAGAAUUUGUUCUUUGAGGACCCUAUUGAUGGGAGUUGGUCAGCUAACUAUGGUACAAGAUACUGCUAUCUCAAUAUUAUUAGGUUGGUUAAGAACCUGAUAAACCAUGGAGGUGACUACGAUCAGGAUUUGCAUGAUAAGAACAAUAUGCUCAUAGAGAUCAGAACUCGAUUCCAACAUUUUAUGAGUGCUUGCUACACCGUCAUAAACAUGACGGAUGAUUGGAUUCAUGAUUGGACGACCUAUCCAUAUCCAUAG